AUGGCUGUCCAUCAUAAACAAGACACAAUUGUCUUAGUCAUAGAUUUCCACCAUGCACGCGGCCCUGAAAUUGAGCAUUGCAUUGCCGAAGAAGGAACCGACCCAGCAACCGAGAAUGACUGGUCUCUGCUCCCAUUCAUGGCCCUAUCCGACGGAGCACAUCUAUCGACCGAGGAAUUCUCAUAUUUCACACUCUGCCGAAAGGCCACAUCCACUGCGCCUGAAACCUCCCUGUUCGGCAUCGCCUGCUCCCGCCAGAUUGAUUCGAGUCUGCUUAUCAACCCGUCGCCCGAUGUGACUCGGUCAACGGUACAAAAGGCCGUCGUGGUCGUGACAGAUACUCCGCAGCGAGUAGGUCAUUUGCGCGAGAAGCUCUCCGUGGUGACUUCGGCUUGGUUCGCGCAACGUGACUUCUCGGAUAUUGAUAUCUUGAAGAAAUUCCGCGAGGGCUUGGUGAUUUCUCUGUUGAAUGAUGGCCCCAAAGAUCAGAACUUGGGCCUCUCGCUACGGGAGAUGAUUCACGAAUUCAAAUUUCAGACUUUGGUUCUUUUUAAAGCACUACUGUUGCAGCCCAAGAUGCUUUUCUUCGGGACGCGCUGUGAACGCCUAUGCAUGAUUCAGUUUUCGCUUAUUUCUUUAAUACCCGGCCUCAUCAACAGCUUGCAGGACUGCGCAGAUCCUGCUUUUGACACCUACUCUCAGACUGUUGAGAAACCAACAUCUCUCAAGACGAGUGACAGAAGUUCUUUGUUGGCAUACAUGGGGCUCCCAUUGCAGAUUUUCGGAAAGGGAAGCAUGUUUGGCCCCUAUACACCCCUCCAGCUGCUGGAUCUGCUGGCAGAUGAUGGCACAAAAUCUUAUGUGGUUGGCUCAACAAACUCGCUACUUCUCCAGCAAAAGGACCGGUACAGUGAUAUUCUAAUUAACCUUGACGAAGACAGUAUCGUCAUAAAUUCUCCUUCCCUCCGCAAUGCCCUAGUUCUCUCAGCGGCCGAUAGGCGCUGGAUUGACCUGCUCACACAAAUUGUCAAUGACACUUGGGACGAGGAACAUCCUUCACAACCCAAUACCCUUGGCUUUAUGGGCUCAGAAGAAUUCAUUCGACUACAGUUCGAAGAAUACUUGUUAGCAUUAUUAUCGUCCAUGAAGUACCACGAGGAGCUCUACCCAUCCGACGUUGGAGAAUCGGCGGCUCGCAGCAGAACCCAGCUGCAAAACCUCAACAUUGAAGGAGACCCUGCCACCGACUUCAAUACAGAGUUCCUUACCCAGUGGAAGACCACAUAUAAUUACGCCCUGUUCUCACGUCUCACUUCGGAUGCGCUCCUAUUUUCCAUCACUGAGCCACGACACCCAAGCGCCGGCGGUCUGACAAUGGAAGAUGUCCAAAGACGACUCGCACAACAGGUAGCAGACCUCCACCUUGAUGAGCGUGUCCGGGAAGGUCGCGAGGCUCUGAACCGCCACUUCUCAACCGGACAAAAAAAAGUGAGCGCGGCAUUUACCAGCUUCUGGUCCGAUCUCGAGACUAUGCGCGAAGCGCAACGCAAACGCACCGAAGAGAGAGCCGCCUCCCAAUCGCAGCGCACCUCCAUCGACAAAGAAACCCCAAUAUCACUAAUACCCACUUCACCGAAUCCCUCCGAUGCCUCCUGGUUCGCAAACCGCCCAAGGGCAUCCGUCGACCUGACACAGGCUCAGGCCUCCGUGAGCGUAGCUAGCCAAAAAGCCGGCUCGUAUCUUAGCUCGUGGGGCACCUGGGCGAGCGAAAAGCGGCGCGAAUGGCAAGAAAAGCGCGUGACAUCCCCGAGCCCAAGUACCUCUCCCAAUGCCGAAUUGACCUCGGCAUCCACCCCGAUCUUGUCCAUCGUUACCCAAACAGCCGAGAUGGACCGCGGCCGCCGCCGCUCCAUCCUGCGUAAUAGCGAAGGCAACGAGAGCCCCAAGGAGGGUCUGAGCCGCAGCACCAGUCGGAGAAAGAGGUGGAGUAAUAUCAUACUCAGACGCGAUAGCGGCGAGUUCCAGCGCUACGAAGACGUCCCCACGUCCGAUUCUAUCGAAACUCCCUUCCCCAAGUCUCCCCUGUCACAGGGGUUCCCGGCUUAUGAUCCGCACAAGCAGACCGAGAACCUUAAGCAAGAUGGAAAGGAUACCGUUGAUGCAGACGGGUUCGCCCCUGUGGCUCUCACGUCGAAUGAAGGCCUAGGGUUGAGUCUCAAGACCGAGGAGACUGUUCCCCAGAUCCAGAAGGAGCCCACCCCCCCGAGCGGCGAGGAGGUAGAUACACCGCUUGAGGACUUGGCGACAGGGCUCCCUGUCAAAGAGGAGGCGCAUCCGGUCCAGAGCAAAGACUCGUCUGGUACGAACUAG